AACAUUUUCAAAAUAUUCGUUAGGUAUUAUUUAAAAGUUUUGGACUCUAGGUAGCUGAAAAAUAAAUAUUUUAUAUUGUAAAUAUUUCCAAUAUGUGCAUUAUUAUCAAUCUUAGAGAAAUAUUGUAUAUUCUCAAUAGUAACAAAAGUGAUAAUAAAAAAACUAAUACUUUCUCAUGUGAUGAGAAUGUAAUAUAACAUUCACGUUUCCAACACUACUUUCAUGAUUUCUCGAUACACUUGUAGCUUCAGCAUUGGUAAACGAAAUAUAAAAUUCAGUGAAAUGUUAAAUAUUCAAUUGAUAAACAUUUGCAAACGCCACAUAGUUUUUUGCCACGUUGCAUACGAUUGUAAAUAAUUAAUACAGAUUUAAGUUUAUCUGAUUUAUUCUUCUUAUUAAAUACAAAAAUUAUUUGGACAGCAAACCUGUUUAAUAAGAUCAGGAAUCAGUUACAAUAAUUGUUCCCCUUAAAAAUUAUUAAUUAUGAUAAGAAUUGCAAUCAUUUCCCUGCUAGUCUCAUUGAUCUACGGACAAAUUUGUACAUUAACUAAAGAAGAAAUAAGACAGUUGGAAAAAUCAUUUAUUGAAGCAAAGCAUUAUAUGCAAAAAAUAGCUGCAAAUGAAGAUGCAGCCAUUUGCAUAGGCACCGCAAGAGCAGGGAAAAGUACAUUAAUUAAUUACUUAAAAGGCAAUGAAUUAAGGGGCGUGAAAUAUUCGCGAUUUGGUGAAUUUAAAAUAAUUAAAGCAAAUGAACGAUCCGAAGGACCGGAAAUUGGUGCUGGACCAACAUCAAAAACUACAAUUCCCACUAAAUGGAAAUCAGAUAAGUUGCCUGGUUUAAGCAUUUUUGAUUGUCCUGGAUUUCAAGACAAUAGAGGACCAGUACAAGACAUCACUAAUUCUUUUUAUAUCUAUCAUUUGGUGAGAAAAGUUAAAUCUUUAAAAUUUAUUUUGGUUAUUAAUUUCGGCGAUAUUGAACGGGCUAAUAUCAAACCUUUCCUGAGACUUUUACUUGAUUUUGAAAAACUUUUUGAAAAUAAGUUUCAAGAGAUAUUUUCAAGUAUAUCGGUAAUUGUCUCAAAAACACCGAAUGUACUGUAUGAAACAACAGUUGACAUUGAAAUGAUUCAAUACAUGUUGAGACAAAGAGUUUCCAAACCUGAAGAAACACCUUUCAAUAAUAUAAAAAAUUUUCUUGAUUAUAUAAUGAAAAAUAGAAAUCGUAUUGGAUUAUUUAGACAAGCAAGAGCUGACAAAAUUGUUACUUCUGACAUCGAUUUUCAUAUUAUUUCGGCCAUUAAUAAUUCGGGAAAAGUAGAGAAAAGCGUUCUUCAGAAUGUUGCUCCAAGUAUAUCAGACAGUUCUUUGAUGUGCUUGCACAAUGCCAUAAACAAAUGGGUCUCAAUAACUAAAAUUAAUAAAAUUCAGACAUAUAUAUUAGAUGCUUUUUCUAAAAUGCUGUAUGAAUGGACAAAAAAUAAGAGUCUGGAUAAUAACGUAUUGGUAAAGAAUCAAAGGAACUUAAUUUUCAUUGAAGGAUUACUAAAUUAUUCUAUCACAAAUGAUAUUGAUAUUUAUGAAAAUAUUGAAACGAUAAGGAAAAUUGAUAGAAAAUUGAAGGAGGUGAUUGAUAAAGGAAAAUUGUUUAAAAAAGUUGAAUUAUUUGAGUUUUUUUCUCAUUUGUUGAAAUUGAAUGAAAAUGAACACUUGCAUCAGUCAUUUAGGACUCUAAUGUUGUCAUUGCAUACUGCUGUUAAAAUAACAAUUUAUAAAAUUGAUGUGUUAAAUGGAGAAAUGGCAAAACAAGAGUUUAAAAAUAAAACAUAUAAAGAAAUAAAUGAUGUUGACAAAAAUAUUAAUGAAUUUAAAAAUAAAACGAAAAACUCAGAUGCAAAAACUUAUAAUAGUUAUAUGGAUAAAGUUAAAGCCUUUUUGAAUUUGGUUCUCAUUAUUGCUUCUUGAGAUACGUAAUAUUACAGUGAUAUUAAAAAGUCCGCCUGAUAUAUGGUAAUUUGACUAGAUGUUGCUAUAAUAUGACUUCCGGUUCCGUUUCGGUAUAUAUUCGCGUUUCGAAAGGGUUAAAAGUUUUUGGAAUAAUUUUUAAGGAUUGUCGGUUUUUUGAUAGAUUAUUUAUUUUUGUAAAGGGGGAUAAAGAAGCGUAUAUGUUAAGUGUUUUUGUAAAUUUAUCCCAACAAACCUUAUUAUUUAUAAUAUUAACCUAUUCUUAUGUAUGCUUAAUAUAGAAAUUAAUAAAUAAAAUUAAUAAAAUAAAACUUAA